AUGGAGAUAGAUGUCAAUUCCGCCAUAAUCACUGAAGAUGACUGGAGAAUUCCCAUAAUAAAUUACUUACAGUAUCCAACCCUGCCUUUUGAGAAAAUAGUCAGAAUCAUGGCUUUAAAGUACCUUAUGUGGAAUGGAGAUUUGGUCCGAAAAAGCAAAGAUGAGGUACUUCUGAGGUGCCUGGGAAAGAAAGAAUACAUGAAGGUCAUGGGAGGAAGCCAACAACACUGUUUCAUUAUUGUGGCUACAGACUAUUUCACCAAAUGGGUGGAAGCCAAGCCCGUUAAAUCCACUACAUCUCAAGAGAUCAUCACCUUCAUAGAGGAACAGAUUAUCCAAAGACAGGGGAUCCUUUUCAUAUAUGGAGAGAUGCUAGAUAUGGCAGAAGCAUUCAAAUUUAAGCUGCUUCAAUCCACUCUGUACUAUGCUCAAUCUAAUGGACAGGCAGAAUCAAGUAACAAGGUGAUCAUCAACAUUAUCAGAAAAAUGCUUGAGAAAAAUCCAAAGCAAUGGCAUGAGAAGUUAUCAGAAACUCUGUGGGCAUAUAGGACUUCAAAGAGAAAGGCAACUGGCUUGACCCCAUAUGCUCUAACUUAUGGUCAUGAUGCAAUUCUGCCUAUGGAGAUAGUAGUCCAAUCUCUCAGAAUUGCUCAUCAACACAAUCUGACUGGAGAAGACUACUCUCGAGUCAUUCUACUAGAACUGGAGGGAUUGGAUGCAAGCAGAAUUGAUACCCUCAACAAACUCUUAGCAGGAAAACAGGCUGUGUCAAGGGCCUACAACAAAAGAGUUAAAAACAAGAGUUUUGAAGGAGAGAUAGUCUAG